AUGGCGGUCGGCGCGGCCGCAGCGGGCACGCAAUCGGAGCCGAUCGGCUACGCGAUAGAGAAAGAGCACGUAAUCGGAGCCCAUCGGCUGCGCGAGCGAGAAAGAGCACGCAAUCGGAGCCGACAGGCUGCGCAAGCGAGAAAGAGCACGCAAUCAGAGCCGAUCGGCUCCUUUUAUUACUUCACACGAAGCGCGUUCAGGCAUUUU